UGCUGGGUUCGCGUCUCGGUCGCUGCCUGCAAAUGCUCAAGCGGCGGCCCCGGAGCCCAGACCCGAGAAUGGGAACCGCGGCUCCUGAAAUAUGCUGAAGCGGAGAUAUUUUCUUCGUGUCGGGUUUGGGCGAGGAAAACGCCAAAAAGACGCGAGGAGGAGCCGAAGCCGGGCCUGCGCUCAUGUGACCGGUGGCGGCUAAGGGCUGGGGCUGCCCAGAAAGAGCUGCGGCUGCCUUGCUUUCCCCCCUCUCCCGUGGAGUCGAGGCCGUCGAGGGGGACUGGCUCCUCCGGAGGAUGCGAAGCCGCCUCGCCCCAAGCAGAUGAUGGCGAUACGAGAGCUGAAAGUGUGUCUGCUUGGAGAUACUGGCGUGGGCAAGUCAAGUAUAGUUUGCCGAUUUGUUCAGGAUCAUUUUGAUCACAAUAUUAGUCCUACUAUUGGUGCUUCUUUCAUGACUAAAACUGUGCCUUGCGGGAAUGAACUUCAUAAGUUUCUGAUCUGGGAUACAGCAGGACAAGAACGGUUUCAUUCAUUGGCACCAAUGUACUAUCGUGGGUCAGCAGCAGCUGUUAUUGUAUAUGAUAUCACCAAACAGGAUUCAUUUCACACACUGAAGAAAUGGGUAAAAGAGCUGAAAGAACAUGGUCCUGAAAAUAUUGUCAUGGCCAUUGCUGGAAACAAAUGUGAUCUUUCUGACAUUAGGGAAGUCCCUAUGAAAGAUGCCAAAGAAUAUGCGGAGUCUAUAGGCGCAAUUGUUGUUGAGACCAGUGCAAAAAAUGCAAUUAACAUUGAAGAACUCUUUCAAGGAAUCACCCUUUAUAUGCAUGUAGAUAAAUGCUUUUUUCAUCAUUCCAAAUCACACGGAGGAGCCGAUGUGUGUAGGAGUCACUUUAAAUGCUUGGUUGAAGAUGCAGAAGUCAGGGCCAGGGCUAGUGGAUGUAAUCUGGCUGUCCUGUCGACAGAUCCCUCCCUUGGAAACUCAUGAAAAUGGAAAUAGUGGAACAAUCAAACUUGGGAAGCAGACUGCACAGACAACUAGGCGGUGCUGUUAAACCAACCUGAAUUGGUUUAAUUUACUUGAAAAUAGAAUGACAUAAUUUGCAUAUUUAUUGAGCAACAGACUUCAGAAACUCGGUGACCAAGUACUUUGUCUAAACACAGUGGUUUCAGUGCUACCUGUUGGAAUGAUAGUAGAAAGGUCUCCAAAUGAGUUCUGCAAAAUUAAAACAGAUAAUCCAGUUCUGUAACAAACAAUCUAAAUCAGGGUUUCCCCAACCUUUUUGAACAUGCGGACAGAUUUUGGCACGGCAUGGUGACUGCAGUGACUAAAUGGCUAACAUAAAAUGGCUUCCACUGGAGGCAGAGAUAGCCACAAAAUCAUUGCCAUAUCUUACCUUAAGUAACUUGCGUUGUGGCAGCAGCUGCCAAAUCAAUAUUUUAAAAGAAUCUGCACAGCCAAUCAAAAGCCUUGCUAGGCAAAAGCCCAAUUUGCCCCCCUUUGAAAUAAGCCUUUUGUUCCAGAAUAGGUUGGCAUGGCCCAUGCUAAAUUUUAAACCACACUAAUUUUUAAAAUUACUAUGCCCUGUUUUGGAACUAGAACAUUUGUAGUAUGGAAAUAUAGUGCAUAAUAUUUGAACUAACUGAAAGAAGAAUAUUAUUUUCUCUUCUUUCUUGCCAGGUUUUAUUUUCUUCAGCUUUGUUUUCAGAGGAGCUUUUAAAAAUGUGUAUUGGGUAGUACACUGAGCACAAAAUGAAUAAAAUUAAUAAAUCUAGUAAACGGAAAAACAAAUAAUAAAACUCAAGUAGUUUAGGUUGAAGCCAUUGGGGUUUUUUUUCAGUAUUUAUGGAGGCAAAAUAAUUGCAAAUGUAGUAAUAACGGACCCAUGAGUGGGGAGGGGGGACCGAAGAGAAAGGAUCACCACACAAACCAGGUUGGGGAAAAAGUUAGGUCACAACUCUAUUACUGACCACAGCUGCUGAAGCACUAGUGCAGCAUGAAAACAAAUCUGUCAGGCAACCCCUUGUCAUGUGAUAUUAGCCUUCCCCCAAUCCCACCUGCUGGGGGGAAAAAGGGACUGGCAAACCAGUAUUCAACUAGUAUAUAACUAGUAAGGAUAUUUUCCUAGUCAACAAAGUAACAUAAGUCUUGACCCUGAACAGGAUUGCUCUGAUAGGUCUCUUUCCAAAACAUGUUCGUUAAUCAUGUUGUGGGCUCACAGGGUUGGAGAGGGCUACGUACAUUGUAGUUCCUGUUUCUUGUCUGGUGCUUCCCUUGCUAGACUCUGGGACAAACUUGUUUGCAGACCCUAGCAACCAGGUAGCUUUGGUGACUUUGAAGAACAGAGGUAAAUGUUAUGAUUUUCCUCCUGGGAAGCUAGGGAAACACUGCUCUAGUAAGGAAGAGAUAAAAAUAUUUUGCUUGCAUUGCUGUGGCCACAGAAUGUACAGCAAACAGGGAGAAAGGGAGACAGGAAAAUGCUAAAUUUGCUCCUUCUCUACCAAGACAACUCAUGGUAGCUACCAUUUUCUUUCAAUAAGGUAUGUGUAUUUAAUGGAGAGACAGCAGGUCACCAGGAGGCAUAGUAUCAGCUAGCUGGAAAACACCCUAAAUUAUGAAAUUUCACAUGUAGUUCUGCCCUGAGGGAAAGGAGGAGACAUUCAAAUUCCAGUGUCACAGAGCAUGCAAAGCAGGGAGGUGAUGGCUUUUCUGUAUGAGCUGCAACCUCAUUAAAUCCCAUUCCUCGAAUACUUAUUACGGUGGCAUUCCAGUACUCCAUGCUUAACAUGGUGCCUGCCCCGUUCAAUUGCAUUAUUUUUAUAUUGUCUUCAGUCAGGCAUGCAUCGUUUCUUGAGUUGCUACUUGCCUCCUGCAUUCACUCUGCAGUAAGAAUUACAGUGGCAUUAUUACAUGAGAUGGUUUCUCCUAUUUGCUCAGAUUUGGCAGGAGGAUCCCCUGUGUGCAGGUCGCAGUGCCCAAGAAUUUCAUUCCGAUAAGCGGAAAAAAGUUUUAGCUAAUAGUAUGCUUUCUUGAUAAAAUAAAUUAAAAUAAAAACAGCUGAACUAUACUGAAUAGAUUUAAUAAUGAAUUAAAUGAAACCAAAUCAAGCAUUUUGAGUCUUCCAGAAAAAGGCGGGGUAUAAAUUAAUGUAAUAAAUGAAUAAUUUUAUAAGGUGAACUGAAAACAAAACAAAAAUAGCUUUCAUAUCUGUUUGUUGUGGGUUUUCCAGGCUGCGUGGCGAAAAUCUGGUAGUUUUUCUUUCUAACAUUUCAUUCGUAUUACCGGUUGGCAUCUUCAGAGGCAUGUCACAGUAAGGUGUGCUUCUGUCUGUGGCUCAAUGUGAAGUGAUUGAGUGUGAGGGAUAUAUGUUUUGUCCACCUCACAGGUGUGUGUGUGGUGGGGGGGGGGGGGGAGUGAGGUGCAUUUUCAUGUGUCUGGGUGGAAUUCAUUUGCAUUUUAAUAUCUUUGAUAUUGGUUUUGUUGGUUUUUAGUCCUGUUAACCAGGUUUUGUUGAUUUUCAGACUCUUUUCCUUUUUGUUGGAACUGUCCCAGUGUUUGUAGAUUUCAAUGGUUUCCCUGUGUAGUCUGACACAGUAGCUACCAAAAUCAUCAAUAAUUUCUGUCUUCAGAUAUAUACCUUGUCAAAUAUAUACCCCAUCACAGAAUCAUUGCAUACGGUACUACAGAGAGAAACACAUUUUUCCGUGACAUGCCUCUACAGGCAUCGAUGCAGGCGAAACAUUUCAAGCAACAAGCAUCAAUGCAGGCGAAACAUUUCGAGCAACAGGCAUCGAUGCAGGCAAAACAUUUUGAGCAAAAACUACCAGAUCAGCACCACACAAUGCAGAAAAUGCACAACAGCCAGUUGAUUCCGGCCAUGAAAGCCUUUGACAAUACAUUGUUCAAGUCACUGGUUAAUAUUACUGGCUUAAUAAUGGUAUUGAGAGAAGGGAAAAAUUAACAAAAGAGACUUUACCAUUCAUUACUUUGUUGAUCAAAUGAUGCCUGGUAGUCGAAGCUAGAGCUUGAGCCUUAAAACUAAGUGCAGUGCCAAAAUAUUGUGCUGGUCUGGAAAAAUAUAUUACAAAAUAUCAGAAGUACAUUGUCAUACCCUCUCCCCAAAACAGGUUAAGUGGAGACAAAGCACAAUAGUGAUCUAGUCUUUUUGACAAUAUAUUAACACAAAUAAGUUGCAUGCUCAUAUUUGUCUACUGAAUGGUUGUCUAUGCAUGACAGCCAAUGUUGUCACCCAGUGGUAGCUGCUUGUGCCAUACAGUACACUGCUUUGGAAGCCUCCCUCACUUUCAAGGGAAAUCUGAAAAAAUAGGGGUUGUCAUGUUAAUCUGCUAUACUGAAAAUAAAUGUUUUUGGCACCUUGCAAACUGUUGCAUGAGUGGAAACAGUCUGCUCUGGAGACUAAGAGCCCCAUUAAAAGAGGGGUGAAUCUGCUUGAGGGGACGGUGCAUCAGCCAUGCAGCUGCCACGGUUCCCCCCCCCGUGCAAGAAUGGGCACCGAUCAUGGUGCCGGUGUCCCAGCACCCUUGCCCCUGCCACUGGUGUAGUGGGUGCGUGCUGGGGAAGAGUUGAUGUAGGCCGGGAUUGGAGACUUCUCGCCAAUAGGGAGGUUGUCAUAUUUGUACAGCCUUCCACUUCCAGGAAGCCCCUUUGGGAGCGGCAGGGUGGUGCAACUGCUGUGGAUGGGGGUGUAAAACAGUUAACGUGGAUGUGUGUAGUCAAGUUACAGCUGACUUAUGGCAACCCAGUAAGAAUUUCAAGGCAAGGGACUAACAAAGGUGGUUUGUCAUUGCCUUCUUCUACAUAACAACCUGGUAUUUCUUGGUGGUCUCCCAUCCAAGUACUAACCAGGUCCAACUCUUCUUAGCUUCUGAGAUCUGAUGAAAUCAGGCUAGCCUGGGCCAUCCAGGUCAGGGUGACCCCCCCUCCCCAUAAGUUACAAAAGUAUAAACUUUUGCUUAAUACUGUGUACACCUUGAUGGAUCCUGAAUAGCAUUUCCUGUGCUGAAUCUGUAUAUACAUCUUCUUUGCAGAGGAAUAAUUCCUCUUCGAGGUGCAUUUUGUAUUCAAUGCAAAAUUCUUGUUCCUCCUUGCAAGAUUAAUGAAAGAUACCAGUGGUAAAGAGAGUCAUAGCAUUAGGACAGUAUUAAGAAACUGAUAUACUCUUCGUCAUGCUUUUGUUCAAAUGUUAGAUUCCACAAAGAAUGGAGAGGGUUCCAUAAAUGAGCCUUCAAAUGGAGUUAACGCAAAAUACACUUCUGCUACUGGAUAUGAAAUAGAUUUUGUCAGAGUAAGAAGUAACAUUAUUGUAAUUACAUUUCACAUACCAUUUUUACAUUAAAUAUUAUUGUAAGAUUAAGCAGAACACAUGUAAGAAAUCCAAAUCUGAUCCACAAUAGUUCUAAGUUCAUCAUGUUUACGUUUUAAAAUGUAUUAUAUGGCAAUUUGAAACCUCAUAAGCCAGUAGAAUAUUUCUUCUUUGAGGGGAGGGUGUAAUUAGCUAUACUGUAGCUACAUUUGCUAGUUUUAAUGGAGAAAUUGGUCAACGAAGCAGUGUGGGGAAGACGAAUUGCUUAGUCAUGCCAACUGAACCGAAACCACUUCUUUUGCAGAACUGAGGAAAAUAUAUAUUUAGUGAGAGUAGUUCAGCUUUACUCCACUGAGCUACCUGUUUCAUGGCAGCCUUAUUUUUCUAGAGUGCCGCAGAAAACAGAAAGCUUAUAUGGCCACAGCCUUCAAAUCAUUUCCUCAAGAGCAGUCUUAGAGAGUUCUAAACCAGAGGUCACAUUGAAUAGAGGAACAAGGCAGCAUUGCAGGGGACUUUGCAGCCCUUGGGCACUGGGAGGCAGAAACACCAGCUGCUGUGUCCCUGCUCCGCUGAAGCUUGUGUUGCUUCCCAGCGAAAGCUAUUGACUCUGGAAUUUCCUGUAAGCCUAUUUAAGGGAAUAUGAGCUUCAAGCUCACUAAAGUUCUCUGAAGUGAAGACAUUAUUUCUGUGCAUGAAUGUCGUGUAAGAAAGUGGAGAGAGGAAAGAAUAGAGACAAUGAGGAUUUGCAAGCUCCUCUGCUGAUUAAUAUUGGCUUGUGGCAACAUGAUAAGUUGACAGUACCAAAGUGUGUUUGGGUACAUAAACCUCUUCCAUCUUUCAUGCCUUGUUGCACCUAAUGCUUGUUUAAGUUCUGAAGAGUGGUUGCGCUAUGAGCAAUGCCAUUCAUGAAGAGAGCACUAUCCAAACACCUUGGGAAUGCACACAGCCACUGGCAGUUCCGUGCAGAGGUAACAUUGGUGUGAAGAACCCACCUCCAAAUAGGUGCCAAAUUGUACAGCUGCCCCAGUUCCUGUGAUGACAACAGCAUUUGAGUUGGGACUGCUAUAUAAACUAAAUGAACCUUGCAAAAUGAUCACUUGUGCUUUUUUAAAAAUAUAGUUCUCUUUCUAGAAAUGUGUGGAUGUUACUGACUGCCCUGUGACCUUUAUAUGUGCUUGACAGUGCAAUCACAAGGGCGGAGGAAUUCACACCACAGCUGGGAGCAGCGCAGCCACACCGCCUCUUAAGAGACCCAUUGCACCGCAGCCAGUAAGCCAACAGCAGGCUGCCCCUUCCCCAAUGAAAGUGGGCUACACCACUGAUUUUGCUGGUGCAAGUUUGCACUGGCAAUUGGGGCAUUCUCAGGCCAAAAGGGAUCGGGAAGCUGACUAAAUCAGUAUGGUGAGGAAGACUAACUGCUUACUCUGCCCCCGAGAAUGGUCCCUUUGGUGCGGUCUUCUGAGCUGGAGGAGUGCUGCUGCACAGCUCCCCAGCCCCAACAUAAGUACCUCUGUGCUGUCAUAAAUGCAGGUGCAAGUGACAUUUUUAUGCCAGCGCCAAGGUCACACCAUCUCCCUAGCGGUUUCAGCCCCCCCCCCCCCCGUCCCAUUAAAAUAAAAGGGAUUUGAACCUCCAUAGUAGAAUGCAGUAAUGUUAAUUCAAACCACAGCCUUCAUUUUCUGUAGUUGCUUUUUAAUUCUGAGACAAGGACAUUCUUUAUUUAAAAUUGCAAAGAUAUCCCUUGAUUAAAAUUGCUUCUUAUGAAAAAAGAAAGCAACCCUGCUGUACUUUCCCCGCAACUGAGUAUGUACCAGCUUUAAAUUUACGAUAGGUCAUAGCUAUGUAUUUUAUACCAGCAACAGGUCUUAAUUUAACAGGAAUUACCCACUUUAGCCUGCAUAAAGAUAAUAGUAAAAACAAGAAUAGAGUUGUGUUUUGUUGGAAGCUGCUCUGAAUUUUGAACUUGGAUUUAGCACAUUGCUUUCAUGGAGCUAUCUUCAAGUUUCUCUGAAUUCCAGAGUAUGUACAUCUAUGUAUAUUUAAGUUUUUUUUAGGACAGUAGAGCCAUCAUUACCAAUCAUUUUAUUGAAGGUGACUUGAUGCAUUCCAGAAUUAGUGUCAUGAUAUCAUUACCACAUUUUGGGGGGUUCUAAAUGGGUGGUAAAAUAUGACACUCGUGUAAAAUACAAUCGUGUAAAAUACAAUUGUGCUGUAAUGUCAGCUGUAAUAACUACAUGAUUAUGAUUUAAGGAUGAGAGCUUCAUAAUAUGGCUCUGGGAUCACUGGCUGUAUCUGCCCAUUCUUGCAUCAUCCAUAUCAGGUUUCCAUUUCCUGGCGAACUGUUGCCCAAAUUCACAUUUUGAAUAGUGCCUUAGCUAUGUUUUUUGGCUGGAUCAAAGAGCAAUAAAAAGAAAACACUUUUAUCUAUAGCAAAUGUUAUCUGAUUGUAGUGUAAGAGUUCUGCCUUGACUGUCUACCAAGAGGUGUUGUCUCCUGAACUAUUUUAACUGAACAAGGACUAACAGGACUAAAGCAUAAUUUGCAAAUUCAGUGUAUUAGUUGUAUUUUAGUUGUAUGAGGGUUUAAGGGUAUUAUUCUUCCCUUAGCAGUUAAUAUAAUCUUUCUGGAAUUACAUGAUCUAGUUGCAUUUUUUGAAAAAGAAACAUGAAAAUAUGAAGUCUCUAUUGAUAUGCUGACUAUGUAUGCUUGUCUGCCUUUUUAAAAAGAAUACAAACAUUGAUAUGGUUCUGA